UUAAUUGCCUAUUUCUCAAUAUUCAUUUCUUUAGGUAUCAUCUCACUGAGUGUAAUAACCCAGCCGAAAUUAUAUGUGAACGUCGACUCAAAUGCAUCCAUUGUAUUAAACUGUACGUAUGUCACACAAAAAGGUGAGGACAUCUCUUAUAUACAAUGGAAGAAAAGAAAUGGAAGCAAGUACAAUGUAUUAGUAGAAUUCUACCCUGAUAAUAUAGCAGUUUUAUCCACAAAUGGAGAUUACUUGAAGAAUAGAUCUCAUUUUGUCUACCCCGAAAAUGAAUCUACUAGUGCUAUUCUAAACAUCAAUGACGUCAGAUGCGAGGAUGACGGACUUUACCAAUGUUACAUGAGGUACAUACCUCAGAAUACUGGUUCAACUGCCGAUACACAGGACACAGAUGUGAUUUUAGAAGUGGAAGCAGAACUUCCAACCAAAUUCACAUUGCGCCCAAACAACAGCCUGGAAGAAAAUGACAUGCUGAACUUGUUUUGUAAUGCAAAUGUUGGAAACCCAAAUGGCUACAUUGCAAUAUGGAGAGUGGAUAAGGUAUCAAAUAUACCAAUAUUGCUGAAUGAAACAAAUUCAGUAGGUAACAAGAUGGAGAAUUGUACGACUAUCGUCAGCAUCACGCUAACGUAUAUCGUUUCUCGAUAUGACAACGGUGCGUUUUUCAGUUGUUCUUCACAAAACAGACAAACACAGAGACCGGCACCAAGCAGAAACACAAGUGCAAUAGAAGUCUUUUAUGUUCCAAGUAAACCAAGGAUUUUGUUGAUACCAAAUACGACACUGUAUGUUGGGGACGGACUACAGUUAAUCUGUGUAUCUGAUGGUAAUCCACCCCCGACGAUCAAAUGGAGAUUUCAUCCUGAUAACGGUGUAAAUAGUACAGAACCCCUUCAAUCUUCUAAUGGAACUCUGAAAAUAUACCAACUCAAACUUGAAGAUUCCGGCAAUUUUAGUUGUUUAGCAUCAAACGCGUAUUGGGAAAAUUACCAAUCUAUUUCCCAGAUAAAUAUAAAAGUAUUAGAUACAUUUAUCAACAAAUUUAAACCCACAUGUGCUGCUAGUCCUUGUGGUAUAACUGAAACCUGCAACGAAACGAAUGGCAAGAUUGUUUGUUCAGCAAACAAGUGGGCCGUAGUUGCUUUCGUUUUCGUUUUUCUUGCUACAGGAUUUUGCCUAACAACCAUACUGCAACUUUUUCGCCGUAGAUCGUCUAAUGAGAAAGUUACCAUCAAUGAGGAAUAUGAAACUGUUAGCAAUCACCAGUCACAGGAGAGGGAUACUGAGAAUACAAGAUACGAAGCAUUGAACAUAGCGGCACAAACGAGUACAUAAUACACCCACCCUACGAAAACUUUUAUAUGCCUUGCUUACUCGAAAUUCAGUGUGUAUUGCAAUGAAAAUUCGCCUUUUGCACUGAACUCGUUGUCAGCCCGGAUAUGAUAAAUGAAUGUUGCAAAUAGAUCUCAAUUGAAUUAAGGCGUCCCAUACAAAACUAAAGUGAAAUAGAUGCAUAAAAUGGUCUUUAGUGUUUUAUAU